AUGAGAGCGCUGGAAGCGUGCAUCGCUGCGGCAUGGAUAGCGGACCUGGGUAGUGCCGGUACCUACCACACGUACCUGGAUCCGGCGAGACGCCCUGGCUUGAGACGGACAGUUGCACGCCCAGAUGGUACUCUUCUCAAGCUGGCAUUGGUGGACAACUGCACAGGUGUAAAGGCGGUUGCGAUGGACGUCGAGGAAACGCUGAUUGGAGAAGUCGAUGUUUCGGACAAGGAAACACAAGCUAGGUUGCUCGCGACAGAGUUGGAGGUGCACGGCCUCACGCAUUGGCUCUUCCCAGAUGAGGAUGCUCUGGCACGCUGGCAAAGCCCCUGGAAGGGAAGAGUCCAUUCCGAGACCUGCGCGCAGCCCGAGGAUACCCAUCUUGCGCAAGCCUUUGCGAGCCUCUUCAGCAAGCUGCUGCCUGCAGCACGUUCCAGACAGAGACUACUACAAGUUGGAGACUUGCGCGACGCAAACGCCGAGGAUCCUGCGCGCUUGUUGGUGCGUACACAGGGCCUGAAUGGAAUGGUGGUAGCCGGCAGCAGACCAUCUGAAGCGUCGGAGAGCUGGCAUGAGGGGCCACCACGCACCGCAGUCGACUUCUCCAUGGAGGGCGGAGCUCGGCUUGUCACACAGCUCGGCGACUGGGCGAAGGUAGAUGUGCUGCGAGUGGACCAGGGCUUACCAGGUGCUUGCAUGCUGUUGAGAGGUUUGCUCAAUGGCGGUCUCUCGGCCAAGCUGGUUCUGAGCUUCAUCAACAGCCAAUUUCCACCUCCAGUGCGGUACGUGGGAAUGGCCGACGAACUUCCAGAGUCACUUCAUGGCUGUUCAUUGAGCUACCUACAGGACGUUCUGAAGAAAGAGGGGUUUCGACUCCAUCUGCUUUCGGGACCUUAUGCGGCUUUUGUGCAUGACGAUCUCUUGGAGGGCGAUGAACUUCAUGGGCUUGACGUCGAUGAGUUCGAAUGCUAUCGGUCCAGCCGCAUUUGGGGCUUCGAGCCUGACAUCCCAAUAGAUGUCGUGCGAGACUGGUUCUUCGGCGUGGCAGAUUCGCCUGUUGCGUCACAGGAGAUCCUCAGGCGAAGCUUUGGGAACGUCUCGCAGCUAGUCGCCCACCUACCGAAGGAGAAGCGGCCAGGGUUCCUUCUCUACCUUUAG